AUGAGUGAACAUGGAGGUGCCCUGAGGAAACUGAGGUUUGCGGGGCUGCGUCUGUCUUUGCCUGAAGAACGCGUCACGACGAGCUCCACUAAGCUGGAGGAUCUGAGCUAUCUUGAUGAACAGCGGAACACCCCCCUGCGUACGUCCAUCCGCCUGCCCUGGCACAACACCGGCGGCAGAGCUCCACACGACAAAGCCCGCUUUGCUCCUUACAAGCCCACUGACAUCAUGCUCAAGCCGCUGCUGUUUGAGGUUCCCAGCAUCACCACAGACUCUGUGUUCGUGGGCCGUGAUUGGCUGUUCCAGCAGCUGGAGGAUGACCUGAGGCCCAGCGAAUCAGGUGAGAGCUCCGGGUCCAUCAUCGUGGGCAACGUGGGCUUCGGCAAAACCGCCAUCAUCUCCCGCCUGGUGGCCCUCAGUUGUCAUGGCAGCCGCAUGCGACAGAUCGCAUCCAACAGCCCAAGCGCAUCUCCGAAAAGUGGGGAGCCGAGUUCAGAUCUGCCCCUGAGUCAGCCGCCUCAGCCGACCCCUCCGCCCAGCGCUACCAACACCCUGCGAUCCAGCAGCUGUCCCAGCACACCUGAACUGCAGCGGCGCUGCGAGGAGGCCGUUAAACGCCUGGCUGCCAAGGUGGUGGCGUAUCAUUACUGUCAGGCUGAUAACACGUACACGUGUCUGGUUCCUGAGUUUGUGCACAGCGUGGCUGCUCUCCUGUGCCGAGCGCAUCAGCUGAGCGCAUUCAGAGAGCUGCUGCUGAAAGAGCCGCACCUGCAGAGCAUGCUCAGUCUGCGCUCCUGUGUGCAGGACCCCAUGGCUGCCUUCCGCAGGGGCAUCCUGCAGCCGCUCGUCAACCUGCACAAAGAGAGGAAGAUUCCAGAGGAAGAUUGCAUCAUCUUGAUUGACGGGUUAAACGAGGCGGAGUUUCACAAACCGGACUAUGGUGACACUGUCGCCUCCUUCAUCACCAAGAUCACAUCCAAGUUCCCCAACUGGCUCAAACUGAUCGUCACUGUGAGAACAAGCCUUCUGGAGAUCACCAGUCUGCUGCCCUUCUCCAAGAUCAGCCUGGAUGAGUUCCCAGAAAGCAAGGAGAUCGGGACGGACCUAAACGCCUACAUCCAGCACCGCAUCAACGGCAGCCAGAACAUCCUCAACAACAUCUCCCUCAGCGGCAAAGCAGACCCCAUCAUCGUGGGCAAAGUCAGCUCCCACCUCGUCUCCCGCAGCCAGGGCUCGUAUCUGUACCUCAAACUGACCCUUGACCUCUUUGAGAAGGGUCAUCUGGUGAGCCGUCUGCUGAUGCUGGGUGGAGCGAAUGUCAACUAUCGUACGGAGGUGUUGAACAACGCUCCGGUCCUCUGCGUCCAGGCUCACCUGGGCCAUCAGGAAACGGUCAGCCUGCUGCUGGAGUUCGGAGCAAACGUGGAUGUGGUUUCAGAGAACGGCAUGAGCUCCUUGUGUUACUCAGCGGCCGCUGGGCAUCUGGGGCUGGUCGGUCUUCUCUGUAAGAGAGAAGCCAAGGUGGAUCACGUGGACAAGAGCGGCCAGUGUGCGCUGGUGCAUGCGGCCCUGCGGGGUCAUUCAGAGGUCAUCGAGUGUCUGCUGGAGCUGAGCUGGAGCACUGAGGGUCAACAGGACCUGAGCCUGAAGAACAAAGCCCUGCAGCAGGGGCUCAUCGCGGCCUGCAGUAUGGGACACAUUCAUGUGCUGGAAGGCUUGUUGACGUUGAAUAAUGAACUGGAGGUGCAGAUUGAUGUCCACGACACCCUGUGGGGCGAAACCGCUCUGACUGCGGCCGCAGGACGGGCGAAGAUGGAGGUGUGCAGCUUCCUGCUGGAGCGGGGGGCGCAGGUUCAGCAGGUGAACAGGAGAGGAGCGUGUGCCCUGUUCUGCGCAGUCCGACAGGGACACUGGCAGAUCGCAGAUCUGUUGCUGCAGCAUGGGGCGGAUGUGAAUGUAAGCGACAAACAGGGCCGGACGCUGCUGAUGGUGGCCGCAUGCGAGGGGCAUCUCAGCACGGCCGACUUCCUGUUGUCUAAAGGUGCCUCUUUAGCGUCGCUGGAUAAGGAAGGGUUAACGCCGCUCAGCUGGGCGUGUUUAAAAGGACACAAGAACGUUGUUCAGUUUUUGGUGGAGAAGGGUGCGGUUAUCGACCACUCGGACAAGAAUGGACGCACUCCGCUGGACCUGGCUGCUUUCUACGGAGACGCAGACAUCGUUCAUUAUCUGGUUGAGAAGGGGGCUGUGAUCGAGCAUGUGGACUACAGUGGCAUGAGGCCGCUGGAUCGAGCCAUCGGCUGCAGAAACACCUCAGUGGUGCUGACCUUACUGAAGAAAGGAGCCAAACUCGGCUACAGAACGUCACCUUAUGAUCGAACAGGUAACGCAGCCUGGGCGAUGGCGACCUCCAAACCCGACAUCCUCAUCAUCCUCCUGCAGAAGCUCAUGGAGGAAGGCAACCUGCUGUAUAAGAGGGGGAAGAUGAAGGAAGCGGCUCAGCGCUAUCAGUACGCAUUGAGGAAGUUUCCCAGAGAGGGAUUCGGUGAUGAACUCAAGGCCUUUAAGGAGCUGCGUGUGUCUUUGUACCUCAAUCUCUCCCGCUGUCGCCGGAAAACCAACGUAAGACACCAGAGAUCAUUACAAAUGCCUCACCAGACACCUGCUCUCAUUCACUUAUGUCUCUUUUGUGCAGUCUGCUGGUUCCUUUCAUUAAUUACACGGCCGACCAACACAAAGAGCCAGGCGCAAUAUGCUCCGUCCAGCCCGAUUCCCAGCCGGCACAUAUCCAGCGUCCUAAAGGCUGGACCAGGCAUUGAUAUCAGCCCGUUACUGCCCACAAACGACGAUGCAGAUGUCCAAAUGCACUCGUCUAAAACUCUAGAAGGGACGGUUCUUUCUGUGACUUCUGGAGCUCAAAGUCGAGAGCUGCGAAAGGACGCCAGCAUGAGGGUUUCCAGCUCCACCAGCAGCCUGGCCUCCAGCAGCAGUUUAUCAGACAGCGGGAAAGGGCAAGGCCCAGACGUGCGCACCAAAACCGCAUCGGACAAGCCUAAGAUCAGCCAGACCGGCUCUGUGGAGUACAAACCCCGUCCGUUCAUGGGAAUCAUGGACAAAACAGUUCGAUUUCAGCAGCCGCAGCAGCCGGUGGUGUCUCGAGGUUGGCAGAGUCACUCCACUGAAGGACUCGUCGUUUCUGCAGGUCUGACGGGUGAGAUUGUGUACGGAAAACCGUCUGGAGCUUAUUACGAGCCGCUCAAGUGUCCCGCCAUGGGCGGACUGCACAACGGGAGUCUGCAUGCUAAAGAGUUCUGCCAUAAAGAAAGCAAACCGGUUCUGGCCAUGGCACAUUCAUUCACAGACAGCAUGAGCAAACAGCCCGGCUUAACUCAAGAAAACCCCACCAUUCAUGUAGCGGCAAUGAGACCAAAGAGAUCUUUUAUUGAGUCGAAUGUUUAGGAUGUUCAUAUGCAACAACCCUAGAAAACACACUUCAUAUGAAGGGAUUCGAUCUGAAGAUGAUUCCAGCCAUAUAUAUAUAUAUACACAUAUACACACUACUGU